GGCAUCCUGCUUCCCGUCGCGCCUUGCGACAGAACCUCUUUGUCUCGCGGAGUCUGCUGGGACUUGUAGGCGAGGCCUGGCUGCCGGUCGACCUCUCUGCUUCUCCUCCGCUCUGCCCUUGGCUUCGCCAUGUUCCCGGUCGGCCGCUUUCUUGCCCGCGCUUUGGUGUUGGGGUCCCGAUCGCCGUCCCGGCAUUAUGCCGAAGCUGCUGCUGCUGCCGGGCCUGCACAGUUGGCCUUCACCUUCGCCUCGCCCUCUCAGGUUUUCUACAAUGCUGCCAUUGUGAAACAAGUGGAUGUUCCCACCUUAAGUGGCUCCUUUGGCAUCUUGGCUGCCCAUGUUCCUACCCUGCAAGUCCUGAGGCCUGGUGUUGUGACAGUCUUUGAUGAGGAUGGCUCCUCCCAAAAAUACUUUGUGAGCAGUGGUUCUGUCACCGUGCAUGCAGAUUCCUCUGUCCAGUUGUUAGCUGAAGAAGUGGCUUUAUUGGAUCAGCUCGAUGUUGUGGCAGCCAAGUCAAACUUAGACAAGGCCUUGUCAGAGCUUGCAUCGGCCACCGACGAGGCAGCAAAGGCAGAAGCGCAGAUCAGUGUGGAAGCCAACGAAGCAAUUGUGAAAGCUUUGGAGUGAGCAGGGAAAUCCCACCACUGUUGUGCAGAAGUGGCCUCCUUGAGCUCUGGACCUCUCCACAUCCUUCGCUCUCUUCUUUUGGUCUGUACGGAUGUUGUGGAUAAAGCUUGACAAUUAACUGCUACCAAUUAAAGCAGAAAGUUAGGCAAAAGGCCCCAUUUUA